AUGAAAAAUAAACCUUAUCUAAGUCCCACUAGUUACGAACCUGACGGUGAAAUAUUUUCAUCAGUUAAUAUGGAAUACCAUCGACGCGGAUCAAAUAAUUUAACUUACUCUAAGAAAGAUAAAAAUACGAUUCAAUCCAUCAAGUCUUCUUUAAUUCUAAUGUUAUUAAGAGCAUGCAAUAAUCUUAAAGACCUAAAAAUUGACGGAACUAUUUAUAGUAAAAUUACUUAUUUAUUGGCAGAUUCACUUUUCCAAACCAUAUUUCUUGCACCAUCAAUUACUAAAGAUAAUAGAAUUAGUUCAAGAGGAUCUAAAAAUGCUGAGCGAAGUGAAGCCAAGAAUUGUAUGAAAAUAUUAAGUCAAAAGUUAAAGACAAAUUUGAGUGAAAUGAAAUUGAGAGCUAUAGAAAAAUGA